AUGAAAGAGGCGGAUCUAGAGCAGCUACUUCACCGCCCCCGGGUCCCCACGCCCUCCGGGGCCGAAGAGCAGCAGGCAAAGGCGGGCCGCGCCCCCGGUUCCCCCUCCCCUCGCUGCCGUACAGGCUCCGGCCCAUUCCCCGGAAAACUCCGGCCAACUGCAGUCCCCGCCCAAGCAGGGGAGGCGCUAAAAAUUCCGUGCGCGGGCGUGCAAGGGCCUCCCGGCGGCCCCCCCCGCUGCGAGUGGCGGCAACACUGCGGCGGCUUUUUCCCGGGAGGGGCGGAAGGCUCCAGGGCCCCUCCCCCUCAGAGGACACUAGGGGGCUACCCGGGAGGGGAGAACCCGUGCGCCGCCCCGAGUCCGAGGGACAGGAGCCCGGCAGGGCCCGCCCGGACUACUGCACAUUCUAGUCCCUCCUGUCCGAACCCAAAUUCGGUCUCUGGGGCCAAACUGUGGGUCAGGCAGAGGGGCUCUAAACGCCUCAGAGAGGAGGAACGCACCCGCCCAAGGGGUGGUGGGAAGUCCGCCCCGGCCCCUCCCCAAACCGCCUCGGAGACCCACCUUCCACCUCCUCCUUUAGCAGCUGAGAACUUGGGGGCGUUUAUGGCGCCCCCGGAAGAAGGUUCGCAGACUGAGAGACUAUCACCUCUGCGGCACCCUUCUCUCUCCCCUUCUCCUUUCACACAUGCACACCUCCAGCCUCUCGCCAGUGGUCGCAGCCCAGCUACUAAACCCCCUCCGUCCACCUGGCUGCGGUCUCGCAACACCCAAACCCCCCCCUUUCUCCUAAACACUUCCCCUCCCCCUCCAUUCGGAGCAGCCCCCCUCAAUGCGGAAAUGUCCCCGCCUCGCAGACAGACAGGAGAAGCCACCAGUCAGGAGCCGAGGCGGAUUCAGGCCCUGGCCAAUGAAACGUACGAAGGUGGCAGGGGGCGGGACGUCUGCGGCCUGAGGGAACCCAGCUGA